CACAAGGCUAGACUUGCAAGGUGGAAGUUUUGGGCAAUGGCGGACAUCGCGCUGCUGGUGGCGGAGGACUUCGAGAAGAGCAGCAAGGCGCGCUGGGAGAAGGCAGACCAUGGGGUGAGGCGAGAGGAGUGCUUCCACUUCCUGGCUUCUUUCACUGUUUCGGCUCUGGGGAGGAAGGCCAGGGAGGAGGUCUCUGCCUUGAAGGAGGUGGGGAGGGCUCUGGAACCAAGGAGCUCCUUUGGCUUGGCUGCCUUUGAUGGCGCCUUCUCUGCUUGACUUGGUGGCUUCCUUCCCCAGAUUGUUGUGGUUCCUGCUACGGAUGCUCUUUCUUUUGACUAGAAUCAUGUACAUAUAUAUGUACCUGUCCUUGGUUGUUGAUCUUGGUAUUGUUGGAAGAUCAAAUCUUGGAGGGGAAAUGUAACGAUCCUACUCUGUUGUCUUCUGGUGAAUCCGAUCUCUGCCAGGACAACCAAGCUGAGGAUCACUACGAACUUCCGUUCAACGUUACGACAUCCAAAUCGAGGAUCAAAGGACCACAAUUUAGUC